AUGUUUAACUCAGUGAAUCUAGGAAACUUCUGCUCCCAGUCGCGCAAAGAGCGGAGUGCUGACUUUGGAGAGAGAGCAGGUUGCGCUUCUAAUCUCUACCUCCCCAGCUGCACCUAUUACGUCCCAGAAUUUUCAACUGUGUCAUCUUUCUUGCCACAGGCCCCCUCUCGCCAAAUCUCCUACCCUUACUCCACUAACCUCUCUCAAGUGCAGCCAGUGCGAGAGGUCUCCUACGGGCUAGACCCCUCGAAUAAAUGGCACCAUAGAAGCAAUUACGCCUCGUGUUAUUCCGCAGAAGAUCUGAUGCACCGAGAGUGCAUCCCGCCUUCCACCAUGACCGAAAUGCUAAUGAAAAACGAAAGCGUGUACAGCCACCACCACCACCCCAGCUCCAACCACCCAGCGUCCACCGGCUUCUACUCCAGCAUGAACAAAAACAGCGUCCUUCCGCAAGGCUUCGACCGGUUCUUCGAAAACGCCUACUGCUCCACCGAGAACCCGCCGGAGACCUGUUUGCAGAAGACCGAGAGCAAGCUGGAGACCGACUCCCAGCCCACCGCGCUGUCAUCCCGCGGCGACCAAGGCGUAGACCCGGAAGACGAAGAAGAGAACACCAACCCGGGCUCUUCAGCUUCAUCCGCUUCUGUCAACAAGGAAGGGAGCAAAACCAGCAACGCGAGUGCUCCCCGUACAAGAAAGAAGCGAUGUCCCUAUUCGAAAUUUCAAAUCAGGGAGCUAGAGAGAGAAUUUUUCUUCAAUGUCUAUAUAAACAAAGAGAAAAGGCUUCAACUGUCUAGGAUGUUGAAUCUCACUGAUCGACAGGUUAAAAUUUGGUUUCAGAACAGAAGGAUGAAAGAAAAAAAACUAAGCAGAGACCGCCUGCAGUAUUUCUCUGGAAAUCCCUUAUUGUGAACCUCUUUUGUAAUAAAUACAUAAAAUAAAUAAAUAAAUAAAUCCUCUGCUCCUUGAAGCAUUCCGUGCACGAAGAAGGAACGAUGUGGCAAGCACGGCUUGACUGUGGAGUCUACAAGCAACCCCCAGAGUUUUAAACCUUAUUCUUCCCUUCCUCAUCUUCCUAUGUUUGGGACCUCUUCGCAGUCACACAAAAGGAAUCACGUAGACCCUCCCACCCAUUACCUAAACGUUGAAAGGACUUGAGUACUGUAUGAACUUUUUAUUUAACGUUUAGUCUCGAAGAAUUGGGAUUAUUUUUAUUAUUAAUUUUUGUUCUUCUUCAUCACCACCGCCAUCAUCACCAUCAUCACUUACUCAUCUAUGUUCGAUGGAAGAAAUCACAGUGCUGUGAUCAGAACAGUAUUAUCUUACUUGUACUUAUUUUGAUAUGCAAGUUGAUGAUGUGGUUUACGCAAAAGCUCCCCCCAAAGAGUCUCUGUCUUCAGCUGGGAGGAGGGCGCUAUGUCAGUGUGCCUGCUGAUGUAUGUGUAUAUACACACGUGUUCAUUCGUGCACACACACACACACUCCACUUCAUUAAGGGUUCCACUGCUGUACAUGCCAAGGACUGUUUGUUGAAAAUCCACCUAAAUAACCUUUCCAGGAACUGGUUACUCUAAUGGUGUGAUUUCCAUUGACUCACUCUUGUAUCUUUUAUAUAUAUCUAUAUAUAAUAUACAUAUUCUAUGCACUCCCAGAGUUUUUCCCCCCUUUUUCUUUUUGC